CUUCCGGUGCGACCGUCGCUUCUGUCCGGCCGGGCGCUGGAUGCGUUCGGUUCCUCCUUCCUGCAUCUGACAGUCUACACAGCUGCCCCUUGCCUGUUACCAGCGGAAGGGACAUGAGCGUCCCUGGGCCGUCCCCCCCGGACGGGGUCCUGACAGCGCCGCCGGACUGUCUGGGGGCCGCGGAGCCUACGCUGGGUUUAAGUGACACUUCUCCAGACGAAGGGUUAGUAGAGGACCUGAUGGUAGACGACAAAGCUGUGGAGCAACUGGCUGAAGGAUUGCUUUCUCACUACCUGCCCGAUCUGCAGAGAUCCAAACAGGCCCUCCAGGAACUCACACAGAACCAAGUUGUCUUAUUAGACACACUGGAACAAGAAAUUUCAAAAUUUAAAGAAUGUCAUUCCAUGUUGGAUAUUAAUGCUUUGUUCACUGAAGCGAAACACUAUCAUGCCAAGUUGGUGAAUAUAAGAAAAGAGAUGCUGAUGCUUCAUGAAAAGACAUCAAAGUUAAAAAAAAGAGCACUUAAGCUGCAGCAGAAGAGGCAAAAAGAAGAGUUGGAAAGGGAACAGCAACGAGAGAAGGAAUUUGAAAGAGAAAAGCAGUUAACUGCCAAACCAGCUAAACGGACGUGAGGAGUCGGACGUGUGUGUGUGUUCCUUCCCCUAUCCUGUGUUCUUUGGAUGUAAGAUGACUUAAGUGGUGACUGAAGUUAAAGUGGUGCCUUAUACCAGUGUGUCACAUUUUGAAAUCCUUUUCCCAGAAGCCCUGUGUCUGCAUAUCUUCAUUUCAGCCUUUAAAGAAGCUUGUUUUCUAAGUAGAAGACAUAAUGUGUGUUGGUUUGGAUAUUUAUAUGUAACUUUUUCAACUUCUCUUUUGCUUAAUUUUAAGAUUCCUUAUUUUGGCUUUGAAUCAUUUAUAAACUGGAGAAUGGUUUGAUUGUUUUAAUAGUCUAGACUCUAAGUGGUUAAAAAUCAGUGUGAAUUUUUUAGGUUCUUAAUAAGUGUGGAUUUAAAAGUUACAGUUUCUUAUUUUAUGAAACGACUUGCCUUUCUGGUGGUACAUUGCUGGAUUUUGGCAAUUGCCUUUUCAUUACUUGGUUAAGAAGAAAUGCCAACUGGUUAAUCACGUAGGCCACUGGAAAAGAGGUGGUGUAAGCCCUUGUGCAGAACAUGCUAGAAAGUGUGCACACAGGAAAUAAUAGCGUCUUAGACAUGGGAUAGGUGAGCAAGAUGCCAGAUUCGGCUAACUGUGUGCUCUGUCUGCUUCUUAGCAUUGUUGUUGCUGUUUAGUUCUUACGAAACUUCUGGGUUCAAAGGAGAUUAUAUCUGUUCCUAAAGUGUGGCAGUGGUGGUGGAACUGUCACACACAAAUGCUUAAAUAUUUGUAAUACUUAGUAACUGAGUUGUCACACACUGAGAUACAGUUGUCAGGUUUAUCAGAGGAGCAGCCCAUCUUUCCAAAUGGGAGGUCUCAUCGCUGGUUCUGUCUAUCCUCUGAUUGGCUGUGUGGCCUUAAUGUGGUUACUUUUUUGUGCUUUUAAAAAAUUCUUGAAGUAGAAUGGUAUAUAUCAACUGCCCAUUCUGUAGAUAAUGACAGGAAUGGUGAAAAAUUAGUAAAUAAUUUCUACACAAAAGAGGCAGCAUGAUACCUUUAGUGUUUUCUAGAUUUUUCCGUCCAGUAUUAUAUGUAGAAACUUAUUAUGUGAGGGAAAUAUUAUGAAGUUUCAUUGUUUAAUAUUGAGAGUAUGUUAUUCACUGUUUUAGUAUUAUUUAACACCCAACUGGUCUUCAGUCUCUGUUCCAUAGAGACUGUACAGAACCUGUAAGGCUGUAUGAUUAGAAUGUGUAUCUGUUAUGAUCUGCAUUACAUUUUUGGUAAGCUGGAAUCACUACCUCUGAUCACCUCUCAGGCUAGUUAAUGAUGGAGAGGGCCUUGGAUUUAAGUUGAGUGCUAAGAACUGGUCUGUUUAAAGGUUUAGUUUGUUUGAAAGCCUUCGCCUUCUUUAUGAAUGAAUUAUGAUCUCACACUUCACUUGACUUUGACCUUAUAUUUAAGAAUAUAGAUAUAUUUUACUUAAAAAGGCUAUGUGUUCUCCUCAAACACUAGCUGAAACUCCUAGGGCAGGAUUCAUUAGAACUUGCAGGACAAUGUCACCUAAAUUGCUGAAUGUACUCAUUUAAAAUCUAACAAAGGCUGUGCGUUGUUUCUCAGAGUGGUUUGUGGACCAACUGCAAUGAUUAUUUAAAAUGCUGCCUCCUGGACACCACUCUCAAUCCACCGAAGCAAAUGUUUGUUUGUUUUGCCUUUUUUUUUUUUUAAAGUUUCCCCAAGUGAUUCUGAUGUACCUUAAAAGUUGAGAACCACUGCACUGGUCUGGCUUUUCUAGGUCAGAGGUUCCCACACUAAACUGCAUAUCAUUAUCACCUGGGAACUUUAAAAAAAAUACUGACAUUCUGGAAGAUUCUUACUCAUUAGUUUGGUAGGGGAGACUCAUGUAAAUUUUAAAGAGCUCCAUGGAUAAUUCUGAUGCAAAGAACCACCAGUCUAGACUAUCUAGUGUUAUAUUUGUAAGUAGUGAAAUAGUUUCAAAGCUACCCAGUAACUCUUGGGAUUAAUCUUAUGAAAUAAAUUCUGAAUUGCUGCUUUUGAUAUAAAGUCGGAUUUAAGACUGAAAUAGAUAGCAGGCAGGACAUAGAUAUAGAAUUCUGGUUAAUUAAUUGAACUUUGGUGACCUGUAUUAAAAUCACGUUUAUCAGAUGAAUGGGAAGGCACAUAGAUACUUUUAGAAUUGUAUUAUUUGGGUUUUGAAGAUGUUUUAAAGUGUCAAGAAUGUAUGUUAGCAUCUACUUUUUUAGGUCAAUUGUAAGUGAGAAGUACUGUUACUCUAGUAAUUAAAACCUAAAACUGUAGCUGUAUUUUAGGAGCAUAGAAACAUAUCUUACUGACUAAACCUGAGUGGAACCCUUAUAAUUAGUCCUGCUGUAUUUUUGCACAAAAUAAUGAAUUGGUACUUGGGAGGAUUCUGUUUUUUGGCUGAAAAAAUUACCUUUAUUUUGAAACUAUAUCAUAUCUGUACUGAACUAAAAUGAUAGGCGUUAAUUUUGUAUUUCCAUUGCACUGGGUGUCAUGUAAAUAUGCAGAUGCUGAAUGUACUAUGGAUUGUGUCCGCAGUGAGCGUUUGGGUGGAUACAGUUUGUAAAUAUGCCAAUUAUACACCUCAUACAUUUGUCUGAUAUUGAGCUUGUGAAAUGAGGAUUACUUUUUACACAUUUAAUAAAAAAAAGUCUCUGAA